AUGCCGACUGUCAUUAGCGCAACUGUGGCCCCACGCACGGGGGCUGAGCCUAGGUCCCCAGGGCCAGUUCCCCACCCAGCCCAAGGCAAGACCACCGAGACCGGGGGUGGACACCCAGGUGGCAUCUAUUCAGCCAUCAUCAGCCGCAAUUUUCCCAUUAUUGGAGUGAAGGAGAAGACGUAUGAGCAGCUUCACAAGAAAUGUUUAGAAAAGAAAGUUCUUUAUCUGGAUCCUGAAUUCCCACCGGAUGAGACCUCUCUCUUUUAUAGCCAGAAGUUCCCCAUCCAGUUCAUCUGGAAAAGACCUCCGGAAAUUUGUGAGAAUCCUCGAUUUAUCAUUGGUGGAGCCAAUAGGACUGACAUCUGUCAAGGAGAUCUAGGGGACUGCUGGUUUCUCGCAGCCAUUGCCUGCCUGACCCUGAAUGAGCGGCUGCUUUUCCGAGUCAUACCUCAUGAUCAAAGCUUCACCGAGAACUACGCGGGGAUCUUUCACUUUCAGUUUUGGCGCUACGGCGACUGGGUGGACGUGGUUAUUGAUGACUGUCUGCCGACAUACAACAAUCAACUGGUUUUCACCAAGUCCAACCACCGCAAUGAGUUUUGGAGUGCUCUGCUGGAAAAGGCUUAUGCUAAGCUCCACGGUUCCUAUGAAGCCCUGAAAGGUGGGAACACUACAGAGGCCAUGGAGGACUUCACAGGAGGGGUGACAGAGUUUUUUGAGAUCAAGGACGCUCCCAGAGAUAUGUACAAGAUCAUGAGAAAAGCUAUUGAGAGAGGCUCGCUCAUGGGCUGCUCCAUCGAUGACGGCACGAACAUGACCUAUGGGACCUCUCCUUCUGGUCUGAACAUGGGGGAGUUAAUUGCACGGAUGGUGAGGAAUAUGGAUAACUCACUACUGAGGGACUCAGACCUCGACCCCAGAGGCUCAGAUGACAGACCAUCACGGACCAUUGUUCCGGUUCAGUACGAGACAAGAAUGGCCUGUGGGCUGGUCAAAGGUCAUGCCUACUCUGUCACUGGGCUGGAGGAGGCUCUGUUCAAAGGCGAGAAAGUGAAGCUCGUGCGGCUGCGGAAUCCCUGGGGCCAGGUGGAGUGGAACGGCUCAUGGAGCGAUGGUUGGAAGGACUGGAGCUUUGUGGACAAAGACGAGAAAGCCCGUCUGCAACACCAGGUCACUGAGGAUGGGGAGUUCUGGAUGUCAUAUGACGAUUUCAUCUACCAUUUCACAAAGCUGGAGAUCUGCAACCUCACAGCAGACGCCCUGGAGUCUGACAAGCUGCAGACCUGGACGGUGUCUGUGAACGAGGGCCGCUGGGUGAGGGGCUGCUCAGCUGGAGGCUGCCGCAACUUCCCAGACACUUUCUGGACCAACCCACAGUACCGUCUGAAGCUCCUAGAGGAAGAUGAUGACCCGGAUGACUCUGAGGUGAUAUGUAGCUUCCUGGUGGCCCUGAUGCAGAAGAACCGGCGCAAGGACCGGAAGCUGGGGGCCAACCUCUUCACCAUUGGCUUCGCAAUCUACGAGGUUCCCAAAGAGAUGCAUGGGAACAAACAGCACCUACAAAAGGACUUUUUCCUGUACAACGCCUCUAAGGCCAGGAGCAAAACCUACAUCAACAUGCGAGAGGUGUCUCAGCGCUUCCGCCUGCCUCCCAGUGAAUAUGUCAUUGUGCCCUCUACCUACGAGCCCCACCAGGAGGGGGAAUUCAUCCUCCGGGUCUUCUCUGAAAAGAGGAAUCUUUCUGAAGAAGCUGAAAAUACAAUCUCUGUGGAUCGGCCAGUGAAAAAGAAAAAAACCAAGCCCAUCAUCUUCGUUUCAGACAGAGCAAACAGCAACAAGGAGCUGGGUGUGGACCAGGAGACAGAGGGCAAAGACAAAACAAGCCCCGAUAAGCAAGAGAAAUCCCCGAAGCCCCAUCCUGGCAACAUGGACCAGGAAAGUGAGGAACAGCAGCAAUUCCGAAACAUUUUUAAGCAGAUAGCAGGCGAUGAUAUGGAAAUCUGUGCGGAUGAACUCAAGAAUGUCCUUAACACUGUGGUGAACAAGCACAAGGACCUGAAGACACAAGGGUUCACCCUGGAGUCUUGCCGGAGCAUGAUUGCUCUCAUGGAUACAGAUGGCUCUGGAAGGCUGAACCUGCAAGAGUUCCAUCACCUCUGGAAGAAGAUCAAGUCCUGGCAGAAAAUCUUCAAGCACUAUGACACAGACCAUUCUGGCACCAUCAACAGUUACGAGAUGCGAAAUGCAGUCAAUGACGCAGGGUUCCACCUCAACAGCCAGCUCUACGACAUCAUCACCAUGCGGUACGCAGACAAGCACAUGAACAUUGACUUUGACAGCUUCAUCUGCUGCUUUGUCAGGAUGGAGGGCAUGUUCAGAGCUUUUAAUGCAUUUGACAAGGAUGGAGAUGGUAUCAUCAAACUCAACGUUCUAGAGUGGCUGCAGCUCACCAUGUAUGCUUGAACCAGGCUGGCCUCAAGCAGGAUCACUCAGGAUUCCAACUUUACAACAGAGCUAGAGCCAUUUACUUCAAAAAGCCCAGAAGCUACACGCCCAUCAGGCCCCAGGUGCUGCCCGGUCUCGUUCCUUCUCCCAUUUGCCCAUGAUGUCUUGAUGCCUAAUCCCAUGCUUGGGAGAAAGAACUCUGUUCCUUUGCCCCACCAAGGCAAGAGUCGGCCUCAGCUCUAAGCAACGCCCCAGGCUGCGCUGGGCUGUCUGCAGAAGCACGUACCACAGGCACUUGGUGUGGGCUCAGCGCUUGCUUUAUGUUCUUGCACACGGACAGCAACCAAACCUGAACUUGGUUCUGCCUGUUUUAGGAUGGGUCAGCUCUGGGGUAAACUGGGUG